CCAGGGGCUGGUUCCCGGAUGGGGCAGAUCCUGGGGAGAAUGGAGGCAGGCUCGGCACCAGAGCUGGGGGCCCAGAGGGCCCUGAUUGACAAUCCUGCUGACAUCCUAGUCAUUGCCGCAUAUUUUCUGCUGGUCAUUGGCGUUGGCUUGUGGUCCAUGUGCAGAACCAACAGAGGCACUGUGGGCGGCUACUUCCUGGCAGGACGAAGCAUGGUGUGGUGGCCGGUUGGGGCCUCUCUCUUCGCCAGCAACAUCGGCAGUGGCCACUUUGUGGGCCUGGCAGGGACUGGCGCUGCAAGUGGCUUGGCUGUUGCUGGAUUCGAGUGGAAUGCGCUCUUCGUGGUGCUGCUACUGGGCUGGCUGUUUGCACCCGUGUACCUGACAGCGGGGGUCAUCACGAUGCCACAGUACCUGCGCAAGCGCUUCGGCGGCCGCCGCAUCCGCCUCUACCUGUCUGUGCUCUCCCUUUUCCUGUACAUCUUCACCAAGAUCUCAGUGGACAUGUUCUCCGGAGCUGUAUUCAUCCAGCAGGCUCUGGGCUGGAACAUCUACGCCUCCGUCAUCGCGCUUCUGGGCAUCACCAUGAUUUACACAGUGACAGGAGGGCUGGCCGCGCUGAUGUACACGGACACGGUACAGACCUUCGUCAUUCUCGGGGGCGCCUGCAUCCUCAUGGGUUACGCCUUCCACGAGGUGGGCGGGUAUUCGGGUCUCUUCGACAAAUACCUGGGAGCAGCGACUUCGCUGACGGUGUCCGAGGAUCCAGCCGUGGGAAACAUCUCCAGCUUCUGCUAUCGACCCCGGCCCGACUCCUACCACCUGCUCCGGCACCCCGUGACCGGGGAUCUGCCGUGGCCCGCGCUGCUCCUGGGACUCACGAUCGUCUCGGGCUGGUACUGGUGCAGCGACCAGGUCAUCGUGCAGCGCUGCCUGGCCGGGAAGAGCCUGACCCACAUCAAGGCGGGCUGCAUCCUGUGUGGGUACCUGAAGCUGACGCCCAUGUUUCUCAUGGUCAUGCCAGGCAUGAUCAGCCGCAUUCUGUACCCAGACGAGGUGGCGUGCGUGGUGCCUGAGGUGUGCAGGCACGUGUGCGGCACGGAGGUGGGCUGCUCCAACAUCGCCUACCCGCGGCUCGUCGUGAAGCUCAUGCCCAACGGUCUGCGCGGACUCAUGCUGGCGGUCAUGCUGGCCGCGCUCAUGUCCUCGCUGGCCUCCAUCUUCAACAGCAGCAGCACGCUCUUCACCAUGGACAUCUACACGCGCCUGCGGCCACGCGCCAGCGACCGCGAGCUACUGCUGGUGGGACGGCUCUGGGUGGUGUUCAUCGUGGUAGUAUCGGUGGCCUGGCUUCCCGUGGUGCAGGCGGCGCAGGGCGGGCAGCUCUUCGAUUACAUCCAGGCAGUCUCCAGCUACCUGGCACCGCCCGUGUCCGCCGUCUUCGUGCUGGCGCUCUUCGUGCCGCGCGUUAAUGAGCAGGGCGCCUUCUGGGGACUCAUCGGGGGCCUGCUGAUGGGCCUGGCACGCCUGAUUCCCGAGUUCUCCUUCGGCUCAGGCAGCUGUGUGCAGCCCUCGGCGUGCCCGGCUUUCCUCUGCGGCGUGCACUACCUCUACUUCGCCAUCGUGCUGUUCUUCUGCUCUGGCCUCCUCACCCUCAUGGUCUCCCUGUGCACCGCACCCAUCCCCUGCAAGCACCUCCACCGCCUGGUCUUCAGUCUCCGGCACAGCAAGGAGGAACGGGAGGACCUGGAUGCUGAUGAGCAGGAAGGCUCCUCACUCCCUGUACAGAAUGGGUGCCCAGAGCGUGCCAUGGAGAUGAAUGAGCCCCAGGCCCCGGCACCAAGCCUCUUCCACCAGUGCCUGCUCUGGUUUUGUGGAAUGAGCAGAGGUGGGGUGGGCAGUCCUCCGCCCCUUACCCAGGAGGAGGCAGCGGCAGCAGCCAGGCGGCUGGAGGACAUCAGCGAGGACCCGAGCUGGGCCCGUGUGGUCAACCUCAAUGCCCUGCUCAUGAUGGCAGUGGCCGUGUUCCUCUGGGGCUUCUAUGCCUAAGACCAACUGUGUUGGACACCAUAAGCCACAGCCUCACAGGAAGUGGGGGUGAGGAGCCUGCAGUGCUCCUCAGAAAAGGGGAAGGGGCAGUGGGGUGAGAAGGUCCUGGCUCCCCUUCUCCUGGCCUUCCUCUGCCUGGGGCCCACUGCAUCUGAUUGGCAGUCACUUCCCAUGAGGGCGUGGCCCACCUGCUGCAGUUGCCCUAAGGAAAAAUAAAGCUGCCUUUCCCC